UGGCAGGUUUCUGCAUGCUGACAUGCGUCAGAGCUCCAUCUAUCUAAUAGGUGUGCUUUUUUUACUUCAUGGUGCUCUGUGGUCUUUGAUAUUUUGUGCAAUCCAGGCUGACAGUACUCUCGGUUCCUCCGCGAACGUCGCAGUACGGACACUGGUGCGGAGGUCUGUCGCGGCGAUUAGAUUGUGCAGUGCCGAGUAGAUCACUACUUUUGGAUGGUGCCGUGUUGAAACGACGUUGUCGCUCAUGUCCCAGCUGUCCAAGGAGUCGGGCGUUGACCUGAACUUCGACGAAAUAAUGGCCUCAUCGUUGACACUGGAGGACCCGACCACGCCGUACAGUUUCUACGAGGUGAAGGAUCGCACCGUCGUGCCGUCGCUGCCUCCACAGUGCGCGAGUGGCGAUGGCCGCGGCAGUGGUGGGGCAGGGAGCAUGAUGCACUCGCGUCCUCCAGUGAGCCGCACCAAUUUGAAGCAGCAACUGCAGCGUCACCAGGCAGAGCAGGAGGAGCGGCGUCUGCGCGAGCUGUUGGGGGCCCCUCGGCAACCCUCGUCGGCCAUCUGCGUCCCCGGCAUGCCUGACACCAUCCCCGACAACAUACAGGUGCCCACACAAGUGUUGCAGGUGCAGUCACGACUGGAGAACCCAACCCGCUACCAUGUGGAACAGAGCAAGCGUCGCCAAGUGAAACAGUACCUGAGUGGCAGUCAACUGCUGUCACGACCACAGCUCCAGCACGUUGCUUCCUCCGCCCCUGGCGAAGCAUUCAGCCCUGACAGCCCUGCUUCGCUGCCUCGUAGCGGUUCUGCAGCAACCAGCAACUCAGAGUUUGAGGAUGCCUUUGAUGACCUGUCCCACUUUGAUGGCGAGGACUUUCUCAGUAGCCUGGGUGUGGGUCGUGGCGGCCACUCCACGGUUCCCAGCUCCCUGGUGGAAUUUGAGGAAGUCUGGCCCGCGGGCAGUACCAAGGCAGGCACUGUGUCUUCCUCGUGUCCCCCUGACCUUGCCCUGGUCAAGGAGGAAGAGCUGCUUGAGAAUGAUCUGCGCGCUCUUGCCAAGGACCGGCAGAAGAAGGACAACCACAACAUGAUUGAAAGGCGGAGGCGAUUCAACAUAAACGAUCGCAUUAAGGAACUUGGCACGCUGCUUCCAAGGACAAAUGACAGGCACUACGAGCUCGUGCGCGACAUCCGCCAAAACAAGGGCACCAUCCUGAAGGCGACGGUGGACUACGUGCGCACCCUGAAGAAAGAGAAUGACCGCAUCCCUCAGGUCGAGGAGAAGCAGCGCACGCUCGAACAGCAGAACAGGCAGCUGCUCCUCAGGAUACAGGAACUGGAGCAGACGAUGCAGAUGCAUGGCAUCCAACUGACCAGCCACACAUGGCACCCCACAUCGCAGUCACAGCUGAAUGCGCUUAUUAACGAGGGGCCUGGAGCACUAUCCUUCAACGACGACUUCAACGACGACUUCAAAAACGGCCAAGAGGACCUGAAGCCCGGAAAUUUUGGGCAUGAUGACAUCAAGCACGAGGCACCUAGCCCAAGCCCGAGUUCGGGUCUGAGUUCGGCACCGAGUCCGGGCCACAAUCUCGGCCACUACGACGAUCCCAUCAUGGACGAUGACCCCAUGGGUGGCGGGGACCCCCUUUUGUCAGCAUCACACCUCAACUCACCAAUGGACUAUCACGGAAUGGGAUAAUCAGCUGAUGCUGGUGGGAUUGUAGACAGACUGUGCAUGAGGUUGUUUUUGGUAGCCAGCAUUUUGAAAGCUGCCCUUUGGAACACCAUCUGUCUUUCCCAGUGUUUGCUUUAAAAGCACAGGGGAUUUUCUUGAAGCGAGGAUUAUUUUAUUUUCCUGCAGAAAAGCUGCUGGGAACCCUGAUCACAAUGUUGAUGGAAAGCAGUACCUGGAGGGGUAGAUGUUAAAGCUUGACCACUUUUAUUGAGAGUCGUCAUUGGCACUUUGUUGCAGUGUGCACAUUUGUUGGUUGAUUACAUGGAGGAAAGAGGCGAAACAAGAGAGGACCCAAUGUCAUGUUACAAACAACAGGAAGUGCAGCCAUCACAGAAGGCCGGACUUUCCUUGUUUCUCCAACAAACUCUGCCCCAACUGAUGGCGCAAGUCUUAAACUUUCAUUGUGACGAGACACCGACACCAAGCACUGAUGACACUUGUCAGAACGAUACCUGCAGAGCUUCUGUAUAGAUUUCAUUGAGUUAAUUUAAGCAGGUACACCAUUGCAUUUGUUCAUAAUUUGUUGAAUAAGGCUGUGGAUGUCAGUGUCAUCAUUGCAUGAGAGUGUGCCCAUGGUGAUCGCACUUUGAGUACACCGGCACUAGGUACAAUUUGUAAACUGACACACACACGCGCGCACCUUACUGAAAACAUGGCUCGUUUUGCGAAUGGAGUGUGCCAUGAGAAAAGCUGAAGGCAAAAGCUGUUUUCUCAUUUUUCAAGAUCAUCUUGGAGGGAAAGCUUCUCCGGCCAAAUUGUUAUGGAAACCUGUAGGUUUGUCCUAGAAGCCACAGUACCUCCUUGGAAAAAAGCGAACUCACUACCUCGUCACAGACUCCGGGGGGGCCUCUCCUUGCCUUUCUUUCCUCCACAAUUUUAUUACGCUAACUGUACCACCUGCUUUGCAACACAGCCUUGGUUGUCUACAGCACACUGUUGUGUUGUUUUGAGAAAUGUUAUCCUAGACUGAAUUAUGUUUCCCAUGUUUUGUAGAUCUGUACAAAAGAGUGUCAUCAUGUCAGUUCUUAUACUGUAAAGGUAGGAGAUUAUCUGAGAGCUUCCCCUCUUCCCCCUCUAUAUUUGACAUCUUUGAGGACUAGAGUAGCAAGUGGUGAAAGAGCUUUGUGGUAGGAAACGUUAAUUGCUCAAGUGUGACGUGGGAGUUUUGCAACGCCGAUACAACGAAAUAGUCAUAGAAUUUACUGAGCCGAUAUAUUGGCAUUUCGCUGACUAGUUGACAUCAAUUAAACCUUGAUGAGACUGAUAAAACCAGUCAAAUUAUUCAUCGCCUCAUAUCAAGAAAAAAACAACAAAGACAUUCUGUUGACUUGUUUGGCAUAGUUUGACAGGUUUCAAACACCUCUUGGAAUCCAUCGUGCAUUCUCAUUUUGCUGGUGCUAAGUAACAAAAAAAUUGAUAUAAGGCUAAAUCGCACAGUUUAAACUACGUAGAAUUUAAAUGUGCAUGGAUUUUGACAUCACCAGCUAUAGCAAACAGGAAAGGGAAAAAUCAGCUGUCUUUAUUUUUGCAGAAUGCAACUUCACUGAUCAGGUGUUUGUCACCACAUCACCUUGGCUGUACUUUGUCGCCACGGAAAAAGAAACGCCGUAUAUGCUCGUGUGUGUAAUGGAUGCAAGGUUUUGUUGUUUGCAAGAUUUGGGGUGAAAGUUGUAAGUGCAGCCAUUGCACAAAGUAAAAUGUCAGAAUUCUUUUUUCGUGUUUGUUUUUAGGUCAACUUGCCUUCAGUAUUUGCCUGUACUGGAAGAAGCAAAGAACAACUCUUCAUCAUUUUCGUGUGGGUGCAAGGAUGUCAUUCCUAGCCCUCAUCCUCCUCCCCUGCACAUCGCAUUCUCAAAUUCUCCUCUUCCCCUGAAUAAGGGAGGUCGUUUUUUAUUCCACUGAAUUUAUUCAAGGUUCUCAUGACCUUCAAGCUUUUCUUCACCAUAUUGAAAGACACCACACGCCACGUUUUGAAAAUCCUGUAGCACAUGUCCACAAGAGAUGCCCCCUUCAGCCAUCCAGUCAGUGUUUCUUUUUUUUGUGUGUGUGAACUACAGGGCCUCGGAGGAAGCCGCAUAAUUUCAGAGGCUACUAAAGGCUUUUGCAACCUGCAAGUGCCAAAAACUCAGGGUACAGCUGCCUUACUGUGCCACCGGAGAAAAAAAAAAGAAAACCUUUGCAAUUCACACACCAUGAAUAACACCGCUAACCUUCUCGUCAACUAAGGGUGUGGCCAAUACACGGCUAAAUUUUAAAUAUAUUUGAGAGGGGGUGGGGGGGGGCUAUUUUUUUUUACAAAGUACAAGGUGCGGCUGUUGCACCACAUGUGUGUGACCAUUACAUGAGCAUAUACAGUAUGUUGUCUUUAUUUUAGUCGAGAACAUGUUUGAUGUCCUGCCUUUAUUAAAUAACUCCUCAGCAGUCGCAGACAGCGUGGUAGUCUCUUCCAGACUGACCAGUCCACAGGUCCUUUAGGCAGCGUGUUGAAUUUUCCGCACUGAAGAUGGGAUGCAAGCUGUUGUUGCUAGCGCAGCAAGUAAGCAACCUUCUGUGUGAUCUGAGCAGUGAUAGUCACUGCUUAGUGACAAUUGAGGAUGGCCACACUAGCCACUACGAAUAGGUUUUUUGUGAAUGCAGUUUUGGUUUUCUAUUGGAUCACAGCCGCGAAGCAACCUUUCAAUGAAUUUUCUCCAAUUAAGAAAAAAAAAGACACAAGCAUUAGAAUUAGAUAAAUGCUGUGAUAGUUAUAUAGUAAGCAACAGUCUUCAUGCUAUGAUAUUUUGGGGCCAGGUCUGAAGUACAAGGAUAGACUAUUAGACACUUUGGCAAUUUGUGAUAAGCAAAGUGUCAGUGAAAUUCACGGGCAACAGGACAAACAUGACCUCAAAACAAGCACCUUCUCCUGUGCUCCUGCUCUGUGGCCACGUGCUAGUCUUCAUUUCAUGUGGUGUUAAUUUAACGUUAAUUUUCCUAAUCUGAAAUAUGUAGCUCAUUUUGACAGACAAUGGCAUGUGUCUUGAACAUGGGAUCAAAAGCUGCUGCCAUUGGAAACAUCACAGCAGUUACUUUUGGGGUUGGACAACACACAAUAGCAAGCAAAGUUUGAACUCUGUUGCGAAAGCUAAGUUCUAAAAUUGCAGUUAUGAAAGUUUGGUCUCGCAGAAGUCUAAGGGGCACCAGCCUGGAUGUUUUGAGAAGAUAAAAUUUAAUUGAUAGAUUAAGUCAUUCAGGUGUCCACUGUACAUACAUACCACUGUUUUUUACCUGCCGAGCUGUCGGGGAUUUAAGAGCAAUUUCAAUGCGAGAUUGUGGAAGUGGUCAUGGCGGUAGUGCCUCUAUCAGCCAUAAUGUAGUUCGGAACAAGCCACUAUUUUGAUAAAUACACAGGCUAGGAUUGUGCUUGCAGUCUCUGAAAACUGUAAUUGGUUCAAAAACUGAUGAACAAGAUUCUGUUGCUACCUUCUAAAAUAGAUGCCCCCCCCCCCCCCCCCCAUUUUUUUUUAUUUUCCUCAGUAUUCCAUUUCUGCAGAUGGCACAUGGCUCUGGAAUAAUCUCAUUGCAUGUUUCUUGCAAAACUUGGCUCGAUUUCAUGUUGAGCUGAUCUCGGUGUUUUCAUUCACAGUUACGCUUACAUUGAUAAUGGCCUGCUUCUUUAGUCUACACUUGAUUGUGUUGUUUGAGAUUUAUUCUAAAUUGUUGUUCUGAUAUCUUGUAGUUUGUAUAGUUCUUAAUGUUGGGCUUCUGUAUGUUCCGCUCAUGUUUGUACGGAAAGAACUUCCAUUCGGGCAUUUUUGUAAACCAUUGUGCCUGCCUGCCUGUGUGCUCUUGCUAUAGAGUUGUGUGUACUGGUAAGGCUUGUUGCAGAGUUGUCUCAGUAAAUCAACACGCUCGAGGUUUAAACAUAUUCUAGAACACAGGUGUCAUUGACCUGUUCGCCUUAUACCUAUUCAAAGCAGCAGAUCGCAUUUCACCUGUGCUGUGUUGGUGUUGGCUUUUCAUUCAGCAUGAAAACAUUUGUUUGUGUCUAGUUAUGCGCAUGAUGAAGGUCUUUAGUUGAUAAACUUAUUUCUUGUUUUCUUCUAUCAACUGAAGAAUAACCUAUAUACCACUUAUACAUGGGCGCUAGAGAAAUCUUUUAAUCUUCUAAAUUGCCACACUGCAUAAAGGACCAUUGCAGUGACGGAGUAGAGGCUGUGCCGCAUUCAACAGAAGGCAGCGGCAACAGGCUUACAAGAGCUUAGUGUCGAACAGUUUCUCUUUUUUCAUGCUAGACAGCAAAUCAAUGAAUAAAACAUGAAACGGGACGACACAGUGCUUGUGUUGUCUUGUUUCUUGAUCUAUUUGGUUCCAUUGAUGCAAAAAGUUCAUACUAUGUACAACCAACUGGCUUCUCUAAUAGUUGCUGAAGGAGCUUCCGAGUGCCUGUGUGACAGGACUAUUUGCUGUGGAACUGUGUUGCAUUAAGAAUGCACACUUUUGUGCUUGCCUCAAGUUAGUAAGUCACUUAGGGAAUGUGCAUUAGGUGAGAUCAUAUUUAUCAACAGUUUUGAUAGCAUGCAUAAUAAGAUCUUGCAAUAUUCUCUUGGUACGAAUUAUUCUGCAGUUUUUUCAUGAGCACUCAUUUUUUUACAUUCAUUGCCUCAUCAUCAAAGUUCACAUAUCCAAGGUGUGCAUACUUAGAAAACAAUAUAUUUUUUCAAGUGCUUGGAAGGCAAUCUGUGCAGUCAGAUAGGCUUUUAUUGGCGUGUGCCAUAAAUAGGUUGCCUUUACUGUGUCCUUUGACUGGUGUAAUGUGAUACAUCCUGCUUGAAAAUAUUACGUAGGUGCUAGUCGAUCGAAGAGUGGCAACUGCUGUCGUUAUCCAUGUUUGGACGGGCAUUAUUACCAUAUUGUAAAUAGGCAUGCCUUGUAAAUAGUGACUCCGUUUGUUGUUUGCCUUGUUUUGUUGUUCACAUUGAAAUAUUAGUGUUAUUUCUAUAUGGAGUGGGCGUGAGUGCCGAUAGCCUUAAGUUCUUUCAGCAUAUUUUUAAGUGUCAGUUUUUUAGAAGGUGGCUUCAGACUUGGCUUGGCUUGUUUGCUGACUGAGACUGGAUAGAUGUGACAAUGCAGGGUAAGCAUGCAUAUUGUGCAGUAAAGCUUGUCACAUGCAUCCGGUGUUUGCAACAUGGUGGAUGCAGAAUGACAGAAAGAUUUCAGCAACUCGUUGUUUUUUUAGUCAUGCUGACUGUUUACGGUUACCGUAAUAUUUCCGCAAGAUCACUUUUACACUCAUUGUGUUGAGCCAAACUCUUCAAAAGCAAGAUGUGUGUGUGACUGACCUAGUCGGCAACAUUCCGUUAAGACGCAUAGUACAGGAGACCACGUGCUCAGAUUUCUUACUGCAUGACAAGGAGAGCAUUUUUUGGCGUAUCAAUUAUUCUAAAAAGCUGCCAUUUCUUUUAAAUUGGCACUAGAAGGAGCCGUGAUAUUUCCUCACUUUUAUUUAACUUUCUGUUAAAUAUAAAGGAAAAUGGCAGCUUUAGAAUGAGGCUAUUUGGUGGAAUCAUCCACAAGGAAUGCUGUUCUUGCUGUUAGCAAAGAAAAUAAGAUGCUUAUAUUUCGUGAUGCAGUGCAUGCAUUGCAUAUGCGAGUGCUCUCUGUGAGAAAAAGCUACUGCACACUUUUGGCAUUACAGCAGUUCACAAGUAUUCAAAGUUUGAACAAAGCAAGUGAAAAUGAUAUGAGGUCUUUUAUGGCAUCCUCAUCGAAUCAUGCUAGCCUUGUCAAUCAUUUUGGCACCUGAGCACCCUGGUGCAAUUUGUUGAUAACUGCAGCAGAGACCGAUUGCACAUUUUAAAUUCGUUCUACGGAGCACUAGCCAAAUUAUGGUAACUGCAUAUGCAGGUCCAAUUGUAACCUGUAAAAUUAGCACAAUAAAAUCAUUUGCUUGGUUUAGUAUGUUAUGAGGCUUUGCAAAAACACGAGGACAACACUGUGUCUGUUGUAAGAAUGUGUAGCAUCCACUUUAAUGUAGCAAGAUGAAAAUGAUGCUAGAAAAGAGCUGCAAAUGAGCCAACUAUACACGAGGUGUUUAAAUAAGUGAGUGAUUUGAUGCUAUGUACAAGUGGGCAUGGUGAUGUCCUGCUUUCUUUUCUUUUUGGCUUGGGAACAGCCAGGUUCUCUCUUUUGUGCCUUCAUGCGGGAUCUGCACAGUGAAAAGAACACCAACCUUAUUACAGUCCUCUGUGCCUUCUAAAGGUGCCAUUAUGAAUUACUGAAACUUGAGUAACUCUACGUCAGUGCAGCAGUUGUAAUGAGAGUUUCUCCCAUGAGAUUUGCUGUUGCAUGGACAGCACUAGCAGGCACUGCAAAGUGAUACCGUUUGCAUGUUUUGUGGCUUUGAAUAAACAUGUCCCAAUAGCA